CACACACACACACACACCCCUGCCCCUCUCUCUCUCUCUCUCUCUCUCUCUCUGUGUUUUCUAUUUUCUCCUGUGUUUCUGCAGCUGCCGCCUGUCCGUCACGCUGACUGUUGGCAGAAGGUCGCUGGCUUAAAGCCCUCAGCCUUCUUCUCACCCCCAGUCAGCCAUGAAGCUUCAGGGCGCAGCACUGAGCACCCUGUUCCUGCUCGCUCUGCUCUCGUCUGAGUGCUGGGGCAGGAAUGAGGAGGAGCGUCUGAUCAACUACCUGAUAAAAGAGAAAGGAUACAACAAAGAGCUUCGUCCCGUGGAGAAGCAGCAGGAAGCCGUCGAUGUUUACCUCGCACUCACACUCUCUAACCUCAUCUCUCUGAAAGAAGUCGACGAGACUCUGCUGACCAACGUAUGGAUAGAUCAUACUUGGACGGACUACCGGCUGUCGUGGAAUACGACAGAGUUUGACGGUAUCGAGAUGCUUCGUCUGCCGACCAACAUGGUUUGGCUGCCGGAGAUUGUGUUGGAAAACAAUAACGACGCCCAGUUCCAGGUGGCCUACUACAGUAACGUACUGGUGGACUCUACAGGUCUCUGCUACUGGUUACCUCCCGCCAUCUUCCGCUCCUCUUGCUCCAUCAACGUCAACUACUUCCCCUUCGACUGGCAGAACUGCACGCUUAAAUUCACCUCUCUGACUUACAACGCCAAAGAGAUCAGGAUGCUGCUGAAGGAAGAAGCAGACGAAACCAGCAAAUGGACGGUGGAGUGGAUCAUCACGGACCCUGCUAGCUUUACGGAGAAUGGUGAGUGGGAGAUCAUCCACCGACCAGCGAAGAGAAACACCUACAAGCACAUUCCCAUGGAGAGCAACAAGCACCAGGACAUCACCUUCUACCUGAUCAUCAAACGCAAACCUCUCUUCUACAUCGUCAACAUCAUCAUUCCCUGUGUGCUCAUCUCCUUCCUGGCCUCGCUCGUCUACUACCUGCCCGCUGACAGUGGUGAGAAGAUGACUUUGUCCAUCUCGGUGCUGCUGGCUCAGUCUGUCUUCCUGCUGCUGAUCUCUCAAAGGCUGCCGGAGACUUCUAUGUCUGUUCCACUUAUUGUCAAAUAUUUGAUGUUCAUCAUGGUGUUGGUGACCAUCGUGGUGCUGAACUGUGUGGUUGUCCUGAACCUGCACUUCAGGACCCCGAGCACACACGUCAUGUCAGACUGGACCAAGAAGUUCUUCCUCGAGCGGCUGCCCCGCAUCCUGCGUAUGUCCCAGCCCUCGGAGCCGGAGCCUUACUGGGACGGAGCGUUGCCACGGCGAUCCAGCUCGGUGGGCUACAUCGCCUCGGCGGAGGAGUACUACAGCGUCAAGUCCCGCAGUGAGCUGAUGUUUGAGAAACAGUCGGAGAGGCACGGACUGACGGCACGAGCCACGCACGCAGCAAUCGUAAAGCCGCAGGAGGACGGGGGCGUGACCGAUCAGCUGUACGCGGAGAUCAAGCCGGCUGUGGACGGUGCGAACUACAUCAUCAAGCACAUGCGCAACAAGAACGACUACAACGAGGAGAAGGACAACUGGAGCGGCAUCGCUCGCACGGUGGACCGCCUCUGUCUCUUCCUGGUUACCCCGGUGAUGACCAUCGGCACCAUCAUCAUCUUCCUGAUGGGGAUCUGUAACCACCCGCCUCACCUGCCCUUCAAAGGAGACCCGCACGACUACAGGGAGGAAAACCAACGGCUGCUGUGACACGCACGCACACACGCACACUCACUCACAAACAAUCACACACACACGCACACGCACACACACACACACACACACUCACUCACUCACUCACUCACUCUCACACAGACACUCACUCUCACACACACACGCGCACACACACACACGCACACAUGCACACACACACACACGCACACACGCACGCACACACACACACACACACACUCACUCACUUACUCACUCACACACACUCGCACUCACAUGCACACACACGCACUCACUCACUCACUCACUCGCACUCUCACUCGCACACGCGCACACACACACACACACACACACACACACACAACACACUCUCUCUCUCUCUCUCUUACACUGCUUUGUUGCUUUUUAAUUAUUUUUGUUUGACAACCAGGUACAUGGAUGUGUGUUUUUUCUUCCCUUGAAUUUGAAGUGAAUGACUAUAAUAUAUAAUUAAUGCUUUUAAAUUAUAUUUGUGUGGUUUGAAUAAACAUUUAAACUCCGCAGA